AUGGCCGCUCUCAACAUUGAUUCACCACGGGGGCAUUCGAGCAACACUCGAGACGAUGGGCGGUUUGGAAACGGUUUUGACUCUUGGCCACGAAUCACUUCAGGUACUGGUGUCUUUGUUCGCAACGGCAGACCUCACUUCGAAAAUGCUAAGAGGCGGGGCGCCUUCAUUCUCUCCCCUUUCGUGGCGCUUGUUCCAUCCCAGCUCGACGUCUUUGAGCAGAUGUCUGCAAUGCUGCUCUAUCGACAAUCUCUUGGUGGUGCCGGAGCGCUGCCAUCCACUGAUAGGAUCAAAGAAUUCGAACAAGCACUCCAACCUGCUUAUGCCCCCUUCAAACCAUUGAGCACGAAGUCUCUGAUGCCUCCCACCGAUUCAUCAUCUACGUCACACUACGCUUUCCUUCGGGCCUACCAGCAUACAGCACUCAUCUAUCUCUACAGAGAAGUGUGCGGCCUGUCAACGAGUCAUCCAGUGGUUCAACAACACGUCGAUGCUUGCCUGGACACCAUUAACAUGAUUUCCAAUUCAUCCGAGGCCAUCAAUUGCCUAGUAUUCCCUCUCUGUGUGGCCGGGUCGCAUUCGCUGGCGGUCCCCCGACAACGCCAGAUCUUGAAGAUGUUGCUUGCCGUCCAAAACGAGAUGCGUUUCACCUCCUUGCACCACUUGAUAGAAUUUCUAGAAGGGUGUUGGAGGGUGAACCCAGAAGAAAGGUUGUGGCUGGAGACUUUCACAACGUUAAAUCCGAACAUCAUCAACUUCUAG